AUGGACAAUGCCAAUAUGCCGUCCAAGUUUAGGCCUAAAAGUCCGUGCCAAUCUUUUUAUAAGGUUGUUGCUAAGGUGCUGAUAAAUCAUCUCAAACCUGUGUUGGGUUAUAUUAUUAGUGAAGAAAAGGGGGCCUUUGUUUCGGGCAGAUCUAUUUCCAGUCACGGAUUGAUGGCUCAGGAUAUGAUGACUAAAUUUAAAGGUUCGACUCAGAAAUCUGGGCUGAUUGCAAUUAAGGUGGACAUAGAACAAGAGUAUGAUUAUAUGUCUUGGGAUACGUUAUAUAAGAUGCUACCUGAAGAAAUGCUAGUCGGAUUAGGGGCUUGCUUGAGGAGUAGUGUGGCUGGAUGGACCAGAGGAUCAAUUAUGGGAAGACGGCAAUCCUCUUUAAUAAAAAUGUCACAACAGGAAGAAUAG